AUGUAUACUCGAACCCAAUCAUAUAAAAAGUUGAAGGAAAAGGAGGAGGAGAAGAAGAAGAAGAAGGAGGAGAAGAAGAAGAAGGAGAAGGAGAAGAAGAAGAAGAAGGAGAAGAAGAAGAAGAAGAAGAAGGAGAAGGAGAAGGAGCUCCAAGUCGCCACGCUUGGGUUGGUGGGUGGGACUGGGGAUUUUUACGGGUCGCUGUACCCUACGCGUGACUGA